AUGCCUGUUCCGUCAAUGUCUGUCGCAGACGCGGCAAACCCUGCUACUACGACGACGUUCCUCAUCCCCAGCAUCCACUGCUCGACAUGUGCCUCUUUCAUCGAAACACUCAUCCGCCAAAUCAAUCCCAACGUCUCGGUCGAGACAUCCAUCAUCUCGCAUACCGUCUCCAUCCGGCAUGAUGGCAGCGCCGAUAUAAAGAAGAUGGUCCGCGCCUUGGGCGAUGCAGGGUAUGAGGUAGACACUAUCGCAGUAGGCCCUGAAGCCCAGGCGAAGCUUCGAUACUCGUCCAAAGCAGCCCCGGCUGAUGAUGACUUUGCCCUUGGCCGGCUAUUCACCAGCGUGCCAAAGCCAUGGAACUUUGUCAACCGGGCUAGACAAGAGAGAGCCCGGAGCCAACAUGUGAACCACUGCGACGAGUGUCGUUCAAAGCUCGUCUCAUCACCUCCCACAACACACGACGACAAGGAAGUUUCAGAAGAGAAAGGGAGUGGGCCUUUUGUUGUCGUCGAAUCCAGCUCUGCUCUGCCGGAAUUGUACCAGGCCACACUGACAAUAGACGGGAUGACCUGCAGUUCGUGCGUUGGUAACGUGACGGAGUCUCUACUGUCGCAGUCAUGGGUUGAAGCUGCUGAUGUUGGUCUGCUCACGCGUUCAGCCACCGUCCGCUUCCACGGCGGGCCAGAUAAGGCGCAGACUAUUGCGAAUCUCAUUGAAGAUGCAGGAUAUGAUGCGACACUCGAACGAAUUGAAAGAGUUCUCCCAGAAACAGUGCCCACAUCCCGAGGUGCGUCCUCCAACACUUGGCGUGCAGAGCUGUCCAUCGGCGGCAUGAGUUGCAGCUCAUGUGUCGGCAGCAUCACUCAGGCGGUUGAGGAACUCACUUGGGUUGAGACCGUCCAUGUCAACCUCCUGACCAGCAGCGCAACCAUUGUCUUCCAGGAUCGAUCCCAUCUGGAUGAACUUGUUUCCACUAUCACUGAUGCUGGGUACACGGCCAAGCUCAGCGACCUUGUCAACUUAAAUGCUGCCCCUGCCGGUCAAGACCAGGUGCGAACCGUACAAGUUCGCAUCAACGGCAUGUACUGCGAGCACUGCCCCGAAAGAGUUCUCGCCGCACUGGAAAAUCAUGCAUCUCAAGUAGACAUUGACGAAGCACCUUCGCUACAGAACCCAAUCAUGACGGUCUCAUACAUCCCAAAUGUGCCAACCCUGACCAUCCGCACGAUCCUCGCUACUAUUGCCGAGGCAGACGAGACUCUCAAACCAAUCAUCUACCAUCCCCCAACCAUUGAAGAGCGAGCCCAGCAAAUGCAAGCCAGAAGCCGCAGACGACUGCUCUAUCGCCUCCUGUUAUCAGUUGCUGCUGCCAUCCCAGGCCUGAUCAUCGGCAUUGUAUUCAUGACUCUCGUCCCCAAGGAUGACCGUAACCGCGUAUACCUCAUGGAGAGGAUAAACGGCGUGUCUCGCGGAGAACUCGCCCUCCUGAUCGCCUCAACACCAGUCUACUUCUUCAGCGCCGACAUCUUCCAUCGACGCGCCAUCAAGGAAAUCUACGCCAUGUGGAAGCCCGGCAGCCACGUGCCAUUGCUACGACGCUUCUACCGCUUCGGCAGCAUGGACAUGCUCGUCUCCUUCGCCACUACGAUUGCCUACUUCGCCUCGGUCGCGGAGCUCAUCAUCACGGCUACAAACCAGGGCAGCCACCACCGCAUGCCGGAGAGGAUGCCGUACUUUGACUCGGUCAUCUUCCUCACCAUGUUCCUCCUCGCCGGUCGGAUGAUCGAGGCGUACAGCAAGGCCAAGACCGGCGAGGCCGUCACCCAGCUGGGCAACCUACGACCUAAGGAGGCUCUACUAGUAACACCAUCUGGCCAAGACCAAGGCGAUACCCAGCUGUCGACAGUGCCAGUGGAUACACUCGAGUCCGGCGACUCGGUCGUAGUCGUCCACGGAGGCUCGCCACCUUGGGACGGCAUCCUCCUCGACAGCACGGCCGAUUUCGCCGAGUCGAGCCUCACGGGGGAGUCCAGGCCCGUCCACAAAUCAAUGGGCGACGAGAUCUACUCCGGCACAAUCAACAAGGGCGCCCCGAUCACGAUGCGCAUCCACGGCGCGGCUGGCAAGUCCCUCCUAGACAACAUCAUCCACGUCGUGAGAGAAGGACAAUCCAAGCGAGCACCAAUCGAGCGCGUCGCCGACACCGUCACGGGCUACUUCGUGCCAUUCGUGACACUCAUCGCCAUCGCCGUCUGGCUCACAUGGCUCGGCCUCGGCGUCUCGGGGCGGCUGCCCGAGGACUACAAGGACACGCUCGUGGGCGGGUGGCCCUUUUGGUCGCUGCAGUUCGCCAUCGCCGUCUUCGUCAUCGCGUGCCCCUGCGGGAUCGGGCUCGCUGCGCCGACGGCGCUGUUCGUCGGCGGCGGGCUCGCGGCCAGGCACGGGAUCCUCGCCAAGGGUGGCGGGGAGGCGUUCCAGGAGGCCAGCGGGAUCGACGUGGUUGUGUUUGACAAGACGGGGACACUUACGGAGGGUGGCGACUUGAAGCUCGUGGAUCAUGUGGUCCUCGAGGGGAGCGCUGAGAGAUGGGGUGAGGAUGCUUUGCUGGCGUAUGUGGGUGAAGUCGAAAGGAAUAGCAGCCACCCUCUGGGCAAAGCACUCGUCGACUUUUGUGAAGAGAAAGGGGUGAAGGGGAGCCCGCCACAGCAGGUUGAUGAGAUGCCUGGGAAGGGGAUGAAGGCAACCUUUUUCGAUAAAGAGAGUACAACCAAGGUUGAGAUCCUUGUCGGGAACGAAACCUUGAUGACGGAUCACGGUGUUAAAUUCAGCCAAGCAACCAUCGAGACGCUGGACGUGUGGAAAGAACAAGCCAAGUCGGUAGUGUUGGUGGCUGCAAGAGAUGUGAGCGCAGAUGACGAAUGGGUUCCUGCCGCCAUCUUCUCAGCUUCGGAUCCUAUCCGCCCUGAAUCCAAGUCCGUAGUGGACGCAUUGCGCGCUCGGGGCGUGGAUGUGUGGAUGAUCUCAGGGGACAACGCCAAAACAGCUCUCGCCGUGGGUGCCAUGGUCGCCAUCGAGCCGGACCACAUCAUCGCAGGGGUCUUGCCGGAACAAAAGGCCGACAAGAUCAAGUAUCUCCAAGGCAGCCAGCCGAAAAAGCAAGGGGGCUUUCUCGCCAACCUCUCCGGUCGGACGCGGAGUCGGGCUGUGGUGGCGAUGGUUGGCGAUGGGGUCAACGACUCGCCAGCACUGACGGCUGCUGACGUGGGUAUUGCCAUUGGCGCAGGGUCCGAUGUCGCCAUCUCUGCUGCCGAGUUUGUACUCAUCAAAUCCGAUCUCAACUCGCUCCUGACUCUGGUCCAGCUCAGCCGGGCAGUCUUCAGACGUGUCAUGUUCAACUUUGCCUGGGCCGGCAUCUACAACCUGGUAGCGCUGCCCAUUGCCGCAGGUGUGAUUUACCCUGUGAGGUCCAAUGGGUCGUACACUCGAUUGGAUCCAGUGUGGGCUAGUUUGGCCAUGGCAUUGAGCAGCCUGAGCGUCAUAUGCAGCAGCCUGUUGCUGAGAACCACGCUUCCCUUGGUCGGUUUUCGAAGCACGGUCGUUUCAGGCUCCUCGUCGAAGAACUGA